AUGGGAGAGAAUCCUCCUCAACCAUUGUUAAGAGACUAUGACCACUUCAACGCAUUCCAACUUCGGAGUGGCAUACGUCUUCCCACCACGAAUACAAACAACUUUGAGCUUUCACCUCAACUCAUCCGCAUGAUUCAAAGCGAUCAAUUUGGGGGUAGUCCUUAUGAGUGUCCUUUUGCUCAUUUGGACAACUUUCUUGAAUUGUGUACAACUAUCAAGCAAAACAACAUUUCGGUAGAGUUUAUUCGGAUGCACAUGUUUCAAUUCUCCCUUCGAGACAAAGCAAAGCAUUGGUUGAGAACGGUUGAAGAGGGAUCGUUGAGUACUUGGGAUGAGGUGACUAUAGCUUUUCUUGGGAAGUAUUGCCCUCCCGAGAAAACCGCUGAAUUAAGACGGAAGAUCACAAACUUCAACCAAGAGGUUGAUGAAACUUUGAGUGAAGCAUGGGAGCGGUUCAAAGAUUAUACUAGAGCAUGCCCUCACCACGGUUUCACCUCAUGGAUCAUAGUGCAAAGCUUCUAUGAUGGUCUUACUCCUACCUCAAGGGCCAACCUUGAUUCGGGAGCCGGAGGUAGCCUUAAAAAGCUAUCGGUUGACGAGGCCUACAAAAUGAUUGAGGAAGUGGCUAAGCAUUAUGCUUAUGGAGGUGAUAAAAGGCAAGGUCAACCCAAGAAGGGCGGUAAGAAUGAUCUUGAAGCAAUAGAUCUUAUUGCUUCAAAGGUUGAUAUGUUAGCUCGAAAGCUAGAUCAAGUGAACAAUGUGCCCGGUAACACCUCCCCUCAAGUCAUGUCUUGUGAGACUUGUGGAGGAAAUGACCACUUGGCAUCCUAUUGCAACACUACAACGGAGCAUGUGGCUUCACUUGGUAGGAAUGAUCCUUACUCCCAAACUUUUAACCAAGGUUGGAAACAACAUCCAAAUUUUGGGUGGAAACAACCCAAUCAAGCUCCCCCUCCUCAAAUCAAUUACAACCAAGCUCCUCCUUACAAUCAACCCCCUCAUCAACAACAAGCUCCCUAUCGCCACCCCAAUCAAAGAGACAAUGUCCAACAAAGACCCCAAUACAAUCAAGCCCCUCCUCCUCCAAAAUCCAACAUUGAAUCCUUUUUGGAAACCUUCAUGACCAAACAAAUCAAGAUCAAUGGGGAAGUUAGUAGCUCCAUUCAACAACUCCAAGCACACAACAAGAUGAUUGAAAAUCAAUUAUCUCAAAUUGCACAACAAGUUGGGUGCACCUCUAACCCCGGUGGUCAAUUUCCAAGCACAACGGUAAUGAAUCCAAAAGAGCAAGCGAAAUCAAUCACCUUGAUUAUGGAAGGGGGGUAUGAAACUCCAAUUAUGAGAGAAAAUGUUGCCAAAAAGGGAGAUGAGGGAGAUAGUUGGGUAGAUGAAAAUUAG